AUGGACAAUGUAGUGGCUUCCUUGUCCAAGAAGCGGAGGCGGGACAAGCUGGAAUUGCAAGAGCCUUCGGCAAACAAGGAUGGUGGCUACGAGAACUUUGACCUCAUCAGCCGCCUCCCUGACGAGAUUCUUGGCAGUAUCAUCUCCCUCCUCCCCACUAAAGAGGCUGCACGGAUACCCAUUCUCUCCUCCCGGUGGCGACACCUCUGGCGCUCAGCCCCACUCAACCUUGUCAUAGACUACAACCUUCUGCUCAAAAGGUCCUGGAAAGAGCGUGACUGCACCGCCAUCAUCUCCAAGAUCCUCGCUGCGCAUCCUGGACCAGCCCGUCACCUUUCCCUCCGUAGCAUCUGCCUCCACAACAACUUGUAUGCCAGGUUUGACGGUUGGUUCCGGUCCCCUGCCCUCAAUGGCCUCGAGGAGCUCGACUUCUAUGGGAGAAAUUCGCAAAGCCUGGUGCCUCCUUCUGUGGUCCGAUUCGUGCCUACUUUGCGGCUCGCCAGCAUCGGCGGCUGCGAUUUAUCUAGGAUUGAUAUUGCCCCCACGCUUCUUCUCCCUCAGUUGAAGCAGCUCAAACUCUACGACAUUGCCAUCUCGGAGUUGGCCCUCCACCGCCUGCUUUUUGGCUGCACUGUGCUCGAGAGCCUUGAUCUUCAGAGUAUCCAUGGGAUCAGAAUCGUCCGGAUCGUCUCGUUGACUCUCCGGAGUAUUGUUGUCUAUGUUCAUAACCAAGCAGAUAUGGUGGAGCUUAUUAUUGAGUAUGCACCAUGCCUUGAAAGAUUGAUCCAACUAGGUAAAGAGGGUCCAAGAACAAGUAGGGUCAUCGCCGCACCAAAAUUGGCAGUGUUGGGCUACCUGACUCCCAGAAUCUCCGAAUUUGAGCUUGGAACCAUAAUUGCUAAGGAAAUUAUCUCCAUCAGCUUGACUACUUCAGUGCGCACAGUGAGGAUCUUGGUUCUAGAUUCUAUUGGCCCCAAUCUGGAUGUUGUUGUUGGAUUCCUUAGAUACUUUCCCUGCAUAGAGAAGUUGUACAUCCAGUCACAUCUCAGGAUGGGUAUGAAAAAUGUGCGACAAUAUGACACACUUGAUCCUAUUGAAUGCCUUGAACUCCAUCUCAGAGCAAUAGUAUUGAAAACCUAUGAAGGCAAGAGACCAGAUGUUAACUUCGCCAAGUUCUUUGUCCUGAAUGCGAAGGUACUUGAGGUAAUGAAAUUUGGUGUUUGCGGUAAUACCUGCAAUGAGAAAUGGAUGGCUAAUCAGCACAGGCGACUACAGCUGGAUAACAAAGCUUCAAGAGAUGCACAAUUUGAAUUUAGAAGAGAUUAUGAUAGUUACAGUUUUCAGUAUAACAAGCACAUACAUGAUAUGUGGGUGCUUGAUCCAUUUGACCGCUCAUUAUGUAAAUGUUGUCAGCUGGUUUCAUAG